CGCUGUGAUCUAUUUUUAUCCCGCGCGCUGGUGCAGGUGCACAGGUCAGCAGGCGGAAGUGACGUGUGCGCUCACGAGACUCGCAUUAAACCGUCGGGAUUAGAUCCGAGGACAGUCGAGCGGAGCUCAGUCGAGUUAAACGGUGCGAAGAGAAGAGGAGAUAGUUUGCAGUCGACGGUAGAAGCAUCUCGGGAAAUGAACGUCAGUUACACUGGAGGUGUGUCAUAAACCCAGACAGAAUUCAUCUGUAAAGCCUGGCCACUCAUUUCCCAUCGGGUGAGGAGGGUGUCUGCCCAUGCACACGCACGGCACCAUGGGAAGCUCCCCGGAGGUGCUGUCCUGGACGUCCUGUCCCAGCCUGCUGGUGGGGAAGCUGAAGGAGGAGCUGAAGCUUACAGUCGGCGGCGACUCCAUCAAAAAAACCAACAGUAACAUUUCUCCUCAAGCGCUGCUUCCUCCAGUGCCGCCUCCACCACAGAUCAUCUCAGACCUAGCUCCACCCACCACCCUUCCCAUGCCACUGCAGCAGCUUCAGCCUCCCUGCAGGGAUGAUGAGCCCGGUGGCACCAGCCCUCCAUGCACCGCCCUCAGCGAGGACUCGACGCGGGAGCAGGGACACUUCGAAAACAGCGUUCUGCAGCUACAGGAGCACGAGGAGGCCGAGACGCCGGGAUCCUGUGGUCACGGAGGCUGCGGAAGUGGUGGGGAGGAGAAGAACGAUGAGGGCAGGUGUCCGAUGGACCACAGCGGAGACGACACGCACAACCAUCCGCAAGAUGACAUCAAACUGCACUUUCAUAGAGCUGGGACAGGCAGCAGCGGAUUUCUGGAGGGGCUGUUCGGAUGUUUGAAACCCGUGUGGAAUAUUAUUGGGAAAACAUACUCAACCGAGUACAAACUUCAGCAGCAAGUAGACAUGUGGGAGGUGCCGUUUGAGGAGAUCUCUGAGCUGCAGUGGCUGGGCAGCGGAGCUCAGGGCGCCGUGUUCCUCGGGAAGUUUCGCUCCGAAGAGGUCGCCAUCAAGAAAGUCCGAGAGCAGAAGGAGACUGAUAUCAAACACCUGCGCAAGCUGAAGCACCCCAACAUCAUCAGCUUCAAGGGUGUUUGUACGCAGGCCCCGUGUUACUGCAUCAUCAUGGAGUACUGUGCUCAAGGGCAGCUGUAUGAGGUUCUCAGGGCCGGUCGUAAGGUCACACCACGGCUGCUGGUGGACUGGGCCUCAGGGAUCGCCAGCGGCAUGAACUACCUGCACCUCCACAAGAUCAUCCACAGAGACCUCAAGUCACCAAAUGUGCUAGUCACUCAAAAUGACAACGUGAAGAUCUCAGACUUUGGGACUUCUAAAGAGCUCAGUGACAAGAGUACGAAGAUGUCAUUUGCGGGUACGGUGGCCUGGAUGGCUCCAGAAGUGAUCCGGAAUGAGCCGGUGUCCGAGAAAGUAGACAUCUGGUCGUUUGGGGUGGUGUUGUGGGAGCUGCUGACCGGUGAGAUCCCCUAUAAAGACGUGGACUCGUCUGCUAUUAUUUGGGGUGUGGGCAGUAACAGCCUUCACCUGCCCGUGCCGUCCACCUGUCCCGACGGCUUCAAGAUCCUCAUGAAACAGACCUGGCAGGGAAAACCCAGAAACCGGCCGUCCUUCAGGCAGAUCCUCCUCCAUCUGGAUAUCGCCUCGGCCGAUGUACUCGGGACACCACAGGAGACCUACUUUAAAUCUCAGGCGGAGUGGAGAGAGGAAGUGAAGAAGCAUUUCGAGAAGAUCAAAAGCGAAGGCACCUGCAUCCACCGACUGGACGAGGAGCUGAUCCGCCGCAGAAGAGACGAGCUCAGACACGCUCUGGAUAUCCGAGAGCAUUACGAGAGGAAACUGGAGCGAGCUAAUAACCUGUACAUGGAGCUCAGCGCUAUCAUGCUACAGCUGGAGGUGCGAGAGAAAGAGCUGCUCAAGAGGGAGCAGGCUGUGGAGAAGAAGUAUCCCGGCACGUACAAACGUCACCUGGUUCGGCCCAUUGUGCGGCCCAAUGCCGUUGAGAAGCUCAUUAAGAAAAAGAGCAGCAUGAAUCAUAAGCCCGGGACACAGCAGCCAAAGAGGCCGGAUCUGCUGCGCUCCGAUGGCAUUCCCAGCGUCGAGCCUCUUCCGGCUCCGUCCCCGUUGUCAGGAAGCCCAAAAGUGUCCACCCCGCCUGGAAAAACCCGUUACCGCAGUAAACCCCGCCACCGGAGGGCCAACAGCAAAGGCAGUCACAACGAGUUCCUAGGAGCCCUCAAAACCAACUCUGCCCCGUCCGAGGAACAGCAGCCCCUACAGGACAGGGAUCAAAGCUACCACCCCCAUCCCCCCGCUCCACUCGAGGGUCCGCUGUUACCAGUGCAGAACCGUGUAAUCGCUGUAGCCACCUGCGCUAACAACCUGCGCUACUUCGGCCCGGCCGCCGCCCUCCGCAGCCCGCAGACCGACCAUCUGCAGCGGAGGCUGUCCGGCUCCAGCCCUGACCUCAUCUCCACCGCCGUGGACGCUGACUCACGCCACCGCAGGUCCUCCGUCCCUCCGUCCUCGGGCUCCGGUGCCUGCUGCCAGGAGCAUCCCUUCCCCGGCUGCCUGCGCUGUCAGGAGACGCCGGCCGCUCCCAGCCACCCCGAGCUCCCGCAUUACUCCCUGCUGAGCACGGGUGAAGAAACACCGCCCGCCGUCAAGAGACCGAUGGAGCCCACGGCCGGAGGAGAAGCAUCAGGAGAGCAGCCGGAGCAGAGAUCCAGCGGCCUGCUGCACUCGCUCAGACCCCUGAGAAACGCGGGAGACGAGUCGUCUGAGGAAGAGGAAGGAGAGGUGGACAGUGAGGUGGAGUUUCCACGCAGGCAGCGACCUCAUCGCUGCAUGAGCAGCUUCCAGUCGUACUCCACCUUCAGCUCGGAGAACCUGUCGGUGUCUGACGGUGAGGAGGGGAACACCAGCGAUCACUCGCACAGCGGCCCGCUGGAGCAGCUCAGCGCUAGUCAGGAGGAGCAUCUGGACGAGCUCCUGUCCCACACACCGGAGAUCCCCAUCGACAUCUCCACGCAGUCCGACGGCCUGUCCGAUAAAGAGUGCGCCGUCCGCCGGGUCAAGACCCAGAUCUCUCUGGGCAAGCUGUGUGCUGAUGAGCACAGCUACGAGAAUCCGCUACAUUUCGGAGAUUCCGACUGUGACACGUCGGAUGCGGAAUGUUCUGACGCCACCAUCAGGAACAAGCAGCCCUGCGCACCUUCAUCCUGGUGAGCGCCGGCCUUCGGAGGAAACACGGCAAUAAUCCACACCUGACCGUCUGAUCAGCCCUUCCCAUAAUCCACCUCUCUCUCUCUCUCUCUCUCUCUCUCUGAGCAUCUCAGGCAGAUUCCUCUGAACUGAUCAUGUAGCUAGAGUAAAACGCAUUAUUUAUUUUAUUACGAGCCGGAGGAAACGCAAAACGAAUUCAGGAACUGGAUUUCCCCCAGUCAGAAGGUGAUUGUGAAGAAUGUGUGUGUGUGUAUAUAUGUCUUGUAGGAAGGUGAGUGAAAGUGUUAAGUGCGUAUCUUGAGGAUCAUUCCACGAUGGGAGCCGCUCUGGCCACCUGCUACUUCCUGAGUUUACAGAAACUUUAGUUUGAGCACCAGCAGGAACAGUGUCCUUCCUUGUUUCGUUUGCCCUUUUUUGACUUUCAAGACCUGUGGGAAUAUCCCAGCAUGCCUGCUUGGUCGGCAUUUGAUCAGCCAAUCAGAUUGCUGCUGCUGCUCGCCUUUAUUAUGGACGCACAGGAAGUCAAAGAACAACUGCUCUAGAGGAACAACGUCUUGAACGAUCAAAUCAGUGUUUGACGUGGACCCGAGCAGCUUUUUCCUCAUCUCAGGACUGUGUUUGAAGAGACGCUGCGGACGGAGAGAGUAUGAAAGUAUGACAUCAUCCACAAAGAGUUUCUUCUUUUGUGUCGUCGUUAUGUUGACGUGAAAAAUUAUGAUGAGAACCGCUGGUCAAAAGAGAUUACGUUUUUCAAUGUUUUUGGAAAAAGGAAAAAAUAGGCUCUUUUGCUUGUUGAGGCUGUUUAUUUGAUCAGAAAUCCAGUAAAAUUGUUAAAUAUUUUUACAAUUCCAAAUAUCUGUUUUCUGUGUGAAUAUCUGUUAAAAUGUAAUUUAUUUCUGUGAUGCACAGCUGUAUUUUCAGCAUCAUUCCUCCAGUCUUCAGUGUCACAUGAUCUUCAGAAAUCAUGAAAAUAUGAUGAUUCGCUGCUUCAUUAUUAUUGGUGCUUAAUUAUGAAUAAUUGUUGUCAUUAUUAUCAAUAAUGAAAACAAUUUUGACUGGUGUUUUAGCAAAAACAAGCUUUUUCCUGAAUUAUAAAUAUUUUAUAACAUUAUAAAUGUCUUUUCUGUUACUUUUGAUCAAUUUAAUGCAUCUUUGCUGAACAAAAGUAUUAAUUUCUUCUUUUUUAUCUUAUGGUUUCUACAAACAUAUCAACAUUGAUAAUAAUCAGAAAUGUUGAUAAUGUGACACUGAAGACUAAUGAUUAUGGAAAUUCAGCUGUGCAUCACAGAAAUAAAUGACAUUUUAAACAUAUAUUCAUCUAGAAAACAGUUCAUUUAACUUGUAAUAAUAUUUCACUAUUUGUACUGUGUUUUCAAUCAAAUAAAUGCAGCUUUGGUGAACAGACGAGUUAUUUCAAAAACAUUAAAAACCGUAAUUAUUCCAGUCUUUUGAGCAGCAGUGAUGGUGUUCUGGAGAUGCAGUGUCCCUGUAGUUUUAAAGGGAUCAUAAAUCCAAAACGACCAAAAACAAGGACCAUAAAAGUAUCACAACAUGACGUCUGUGUUCCAUGCAAGAAGUCAGAUGAGUUUGGGACAACACAAAUGCUGACAGAAUUGUGAUUUUUGGUGAAAGCAUCCGUCUGAAGCGUCUGUAACGUGUUCGGUGUGUUUCUAGCGUGCCGUUCAAGGAAGCAGAGCUCGUUUGUUCAAUCAGCAAUAAUGCGCUCAGGCUGUGGAGAAUCAUUGGCUCAGGAUGACUGUCUAGCAGGCUGGACAGAUGCCAGGUGAGGGAAGGUGCUUUGUAAAAGACCUAUUUUUGCAGACUUGAGUUCAUUAUUAUUCUUUUUUUUUUUUGUAUAAAAGAAAAAGGCAAGAAAUGGAAGUACUCCGGUGCUUUUUGCUGGUUUGUGCUCAGGUUCAGUGCUUUAGUGCGAAUUAUUCUCCGCUAUGAAAAAGUAGUUUGUUUGUCUUGUCUCGGUCAUUUGGAAAAUUUUGCACUGCAUUGAAAUCCAUGAUUUUUGUGAACAAAACAAACUGGAUUAAAUCUUAGUGUGAACGUAGUUUGUGUGUAAAUUCUCCCUCGCUAAUGUGUUUUUAUUUGUCGUUUCCUUAUGAAAGGGACACUGCAUCAUCCGGCAUGUCUGAUAUUUAAUUGUUGCAUUCAUAUUUACCCUGUGUUUAGAUCUAGAUGUUAUAGCACUAGUUAAAAUGCCUUGUUCAUCAUCAGUAAAUGCAGCCGGAUGUGUUUCUGAACCGGAGACGGCAUGUGAAGUAAACUGUGAAUGGUAUUAUUAUUAUUAUUAUUUUCCGAAAUCUUCCUAAAGAGUAAGAUGCCUUGCGAGACGCACUUCCACAUUAAAACAACACUAUCAAUGAGUUUAUGAGAAAAGCUGUGAGUUUGCAGCAAAUGAACAAAGCAAAGGCUUUUCAUUUUUAUCUCCGUUCUGGUAUAUAACGCGCAUUUUUAACUAUUCGAUCAAUGUCUGAUGAAUAAAAAUCCAGUUUCACCAAGAACUAUUAAAGAUUGCAGAAGCGAAAUGGGUUGUGAACGGCUUUUCAUGUUGAUUUCAUGUCUACAAGGGGCAAAAUAAGCCAUUACUGUACAAUUUUUGUCAUUUCUGUUCAGUGUGAUGGUAACGUGCUAAAAACACAAGGUGUGUUUAGAUGAAGAGAACUAAUUGUAACGAAGGCGAACCGAAAACACGCACCAACCUCAUUCUCUCUGUUUACGUGAUCCACUAAAGAUCAGGCCUGGGUUUUUAGUGACUGAUGCAUGAAGUAUGAUGAUGUAUGAAGUCUUUCCGGCCACAGCGCCACCACAAAUCUGUAAAUUAUGAUUCUCAUUUAAUUUAAAAAUGUCUUUUUUUUUCUUGUUUUUGUUUUUUGUUUUGUAGCUGGUCUACACGAUCAUUAAUUUAUUUUGAAGCACUAGCUGUUCAUUUCUGUUUCUUCAUAAUCUCAUAAUAGUCUCAUGUAUGUUAGAACUGUCUUCAGAAGUAUUACUGAUGAGAUGAGAUGGCAUCUUGAAGAAUAGAAAUCAACAUCUGGACAUUUUCUUAUGGAAGCCCAUUUCUGCCAUGAAAUAUAAACAGAAAUACUUUUUUAUUUUAAUUAUUUUAUAGCAGGGCGAAAAAAAACAUAAUUGCAAGAAAUAAACAAGGAAUCGAGAAAAAAGUCUGAAAAAAAAUAUAUAUAUACUGUAUAUUUUAUGGUUUGAAAAAAUCAUUGCAAAAUGUAAAAAAAAAAAAGUCAGAAUAGCACGAUAUAAACUCUUUGAGUUUCUUUUGCUAUUCUAACUUUUUCCUUAAAAUUUAAAUCAUAUAUAAAAAAAAUAAUAAUAAUUUUGAUUUUAAAAAAAGUCAGAUAAAAAAAAAAUCUGAUUCGUGAGGUAAAAAAAAAAGUUUUUCAUGUGGCAGAAACAAGCUUCCAUAUUUUCUUCACCUCUAUGUUAUUCUGGAAAACGAGGGGGGGGAAUAUCUGGACAUUUAUUAUGUAUCUGAACACUUUUCAGAUGUCGUUCUCGUAGACCAUUGUUUCUAGCAAGAGAUAAUUGGGUCACAUUUAAUCGUUGUAAUAAAUGACACGCACAUGUUCUGGUUGUGAAGAUAAUUCCAGUGUCAUACAGUUCUUUGGCUGCAUCACAGAGCAUUGAAAGUAUGAACCGUACCGUUUCUCCUGCCAUCGUCUGUCCUUAUUCAUGUUAACCAUUUUUAAUUGCUACUACAUAUACAGGUAUUUAAAAAUGAACUAUUUUUGUGCAGAAUAUCUUCAGCUCUGGGCUCAUUAGCCUCCUUCCAGUUUGUUUCUUACUCAUGUCUCAGCCCUUUUCCUUUAUCUUGAAUGGUGUUAUGAUCAACCGAUCCUGAUGAUUUCUGUAAUAGCCUGUGUACAGUGCGACAGGAGUGACUUGUAAAAUCAAGGCAGAGCAACUGCAUGGAAUAAACACUGCUGUACUGUACCAAA